AUGGGAUUGAAGAAUUUGUUCAACCGGAAAAAGAAAAGCGGCAAGGACGAUGGCAGCCACAACGACAACGUUCCGACGACGAAUGUGUCGCGGGUGGUGUCGCGCACGAGCUCCUUCAACUCUCGUGUGCGGAUGGAGGAGGAGUUGGAACAAGUGUUCAAGAAGUUUGAUGUGAACGGGGACGGGAAGAUCUCGUCGUCGGAGUUGGGAUCGAUAAUGGGAAGCGUGGGCCACCGGCCGACCGAGCAGGAGUUAGAGGACAUGAUCAAGGAGGUGGAUGCCGACGGGGAUGGGUUCAUAGAUUUGAAGGAGUUCAUCGAGUUGAACACGAAGGAUAUCGAUUCGGCGGAGGUUUUGGAGAAUCUGAAGGACGCGUUCUCUGUUUUCGAUAUCGACAAGAACGGGUCGAUCUCCGUGGAGGAGUUGCAUAACGUUUUAGGGAGUUUGGGAGAGGAAUGCUCGAUCGCGGAGUGUCGGAAAAUGAUCUCCGGCGUCGACCGUGACGGCGACGGCAUGAUCAACUUUGAUGAAUUCAAGGUGAUGAUGAUGAGCGGAACCCGCUUUGACGGGAUCGGGUCUCAAAGACAUGUGUGAGAUCAAGAUUAACCUAAUC